GCUGCUGCCGCCACGGCAACAAAAAGUUAUACCAAAACGUCAAACAAAAAAAAAGAACGGUAAGUGCUCUUCGUUGUUUAUCGUUCGCACGGUUUUUCGUUCGUUCGUGUCGCGAAGUAAAGUGAACACAGGAAGAAAAAUGGCGCGUGUUCGCGGGUGGUCAAAUUUUCCGUGAAAAGUGGUGUAAAAUCGUGAAUUUUCUGCCCGGAAAUAGCUUUUACUUGGAGCCACAGUGAAACUACAGCUCGGGAAGAUAAAAGUUAGUAGAAUCGUGAACUGCUUGUGUGUAAAACUUUGACAAAAUUUCUACCAGGUCAUUCCCUGCUUGGCUUCUUUACCGUUUUCCUGAUGUUGCACCUUCCAUGCCACAAAUACAGUUUUGUGGGCUGCUCCGUUCACACCAAUCCGCGCGAAUCCGUCGGGUGUGCAUCUGUGUGCGUGCGAUCGCAGUGUUUUGAAUAUGAAUGACCUCUGUCUCUCGUUUUCGCUUUUAAGAAAAAGGUAAUAAACAAAAGGUUGGGUGUUUUGUAAACAUGCAAGUUGUGCAGUUUCUACGCCUUAUAAAGUGUCAGUUUUCAUCGUGAAUGUAAACGCCUAACUUGGUGCAAAACAGUGUGGCAGCGGGCGAUAGGUAUGGUAUCGCCCUCCAAGAGCAAAUACUCGAGGGUCGCAGCCAACCAGCAGCAUAAAACGGCUUCCAACAAAGUAAAACUCGUGAAAGGCCCACGACCCUUGAUAUAUCACCGCUUCUACUUGGACAUCCAAAAUUUCAAGCUUGCCAACAAAAUCGAACUAACCAUAAAGGAGCUUGGCGGUAAAAUUGAAUUCUUCCUGAAUAAAGAAAUUACACAUUUCAUCACCGAUAAGGAAUACCAGAAUCAGCAACGGACACAGCAAAAGCAAACCGUAGACUUUGCGGAAGGAACACCCUCCAGCUAUCAGCAAUCACCGGUGACACCUACGACACCGCUAACACCCAGAACACCCCACUCGCAUCAGUAUCAUCAUCUGCAGUAUGUAAACGAAGCUUCCCCGUCGUCACCAUGUGUAAGCAGUGUUCCAACAGCAGCAGCAGCAGCAGCUUCGGCUUCGGCAAGUGGUACAACAGUAGCAGCAGCCGGCAAUGCUGCGAGGAGCAACACUGGUAGUGAGUACAGGGAUAUACCGGUAAGACCCCGCAGCCGUGCGGAUGCUAUGCUUCAGCGAGUCCGCCAGCAGAAUCAACCCAGCAGUAAUCACCACUCGAGUGCAUCGAACAAUCGUCUGUCUUCGACCUCGGCCCGGUCCCGCCCGGAUAGUCCCUGCAGUCCCGUACCGGCUCCAGCUCCGGCAACUCCCGCGAUCAUCAACAACACAUUCCGCAUAGAUCGUAAUAGCCAAAGUCCGGUGCAGUUGGCCAAAUCCUGGGGGAAACCGAUCUGGUCUACCGAGUACGCCGUUAAGUUCCUGAAGAAGGUAAUCGAAACCUGCAAAGCCGAUCCGGAGCUGUAUUCGCUGCCCAAGUCGUCGUCGGCCGCAGCGAAGAAAGCUACCCAUUUGCAGCAUUUGCGGGGCGACUUUGUGAAGAUCGAAUCCUUUCAGCGGCAUCAUAGACCGGCGUUUCAGUUGUUCAAAAAGUGGCCCUGCCUUAAUUUGAACGCCAAGGCCAGCGGUUCACCGUUCGAUAGUGAGAAGGACAGAUCGUUGAGGAAAGAGGCAACUACGACACGGGUUGAAAAUAGUGUAAAAACAACAGCUACGACCAAUGCGACCACCAAGCAGCAGACCAAUUUGCAACAACAGUGCGGUUAUUGUGAGAUCUGCCGAAUCGAGUACGAUGUUCUGGCGAACCAUUUAAUUGCGGAAGAGCACAGUGCAUUUGUGAACAAUGAUGCCAAUUUUGUGGCGUUGGAUAAACUAAUCAGUGAAGGUGGUGUUGGAUUGGAAACGUUUUUGAGUGUGAACAAGAAACUUGCUGAAGAAGAGUCGGUGGUGGAAAAGGACAGUGAAGAGAGCGUUGACAGUGGAACUUGCGAGGACAAUAUAGUGAAAGAGGACUGGGAGGCAGCGAAGAGUGAAACAGGCAAAGCAGUGGAAGAUAGUGAGCAGGAAAAGAGUAAUCAAAUAGCAGACGACGCAGCAGUGCCGAAAGUUUUGCGGACAUAUUCGAGGAAAUCUAAAGACAAACAUUCAACACCUGCAGCACCGGAACCGAUCGCUACCAGAUCUCCUCCGGUAAAACGUACAUACGCUGGUCGCAGAUCGGCACAAUCAUCUCCGGUAUCUACUAAACCGGAACCGGCAACUGCAGCUGGUAAAGUAGUAGCAGCAGCAGCAGCAUCAACAUCAUCCACAACCGCGGCUGAACCGCAAAUGUUUGGACGGCGUUCGGCGAUUCAUCAUCAUCCUCAUAAUACACUGAAUCAUCACAACCAUCAGAAAGCGAAGGCAGCGAAGCUUGUCCAGCAGGCCAUACUAAAUAGUGCGACGAAGGAAUUGACAGCAGUAGCGGCAGCUUCAAAAGCGACAGUAGUAGAAACACAGCAGCCGCAACAGCAUAAAAAGGCUAGAGCUCCUGCAGUUGAGGCGGAAGCGAAUGCGAUGAAAGUGCUCAACGACAACAGCUCCACUAGUGAGAAGGAGAAAGAGCGUCACCUGAAGCGUAGCGUAGCGGACAAGAUGGGACUGAAAGGGUCCACCAUUAAACCGGUCAGCCACCCGGUUGAACUUUUGGAGUGCGAAGGACUAGAUCCAAAGAACACCAAGCGAAUCAGUCUGGGGCUGCGCCAGAAUCCAAAAAGAGCCAAUUUAAAUGAAGAUUUCACCAGCCUGUUGGACGAAACGCUCGGACCGAUGCGAAAGGCCCGAGUACGAAGGGAGUCUGCCAAGCGGGUUAACUACUCCGAACCACGGGAGGACGAAAUCGUUUCCCAGGAGGAAAUUAUGGAAAGUAUUUUGCUGGAAAGCACCGCCAAAGAUGCUACCGCCAAUGAGAACGGCACAAAGAAGAAAACAGGAGGUUCUCCCAAGCGGCAAUUGGACGUCAAAAUCCGUGGAAUUCGGUGGAGAGCUCCAUCGCCACAGGCUCGACCACCCGUAAAAUCUCCUUUGCUAUACAAAGUGAUUGAACAGCCGAAAUCGAAACCUAAUAGAAAAACGAUUUCGCCUGUCAAAGACGCAACCAACACCGGAGGUAGUCCUACCAAGUCAAACAAAAACGGUCUCAUCGUGAAAAUCCGCAGAGUCCGGCAGUCGGAGCUAAGUUUAUUGAAUGACGAGGCCGAAAACUUUAUGUUUCCUAAAAAAGACGAAAGUUCCGAAGAGGAAACUGACGAAGAUAGACAAACAACUUCGGAAACCGCUCCGGGAGAUUUCUCACAAGAGAUCGCUAGCAGCGAUUUCGAGCACCGAAAUUCAAGCAUGCGAAAAUUGGCUGCAACCCCUGGCCCUGGAAGAAAGCGGGCGGUUUCGGUAGCACCUACCUGUAGAUCGCGAGGGGGAUCUCCCAACAAAAAGCAAACCAGGGUUGCCGAUCAGGAACUUGUUACCACACCUACAACGUCUGGUGUGAAGCAACAACGUCGUCAAAAUCGAGGAACAGCGGCACUGUUACAUGACAACGCUGAGUAUUACAAAUUUCCUGAUCCGGGAUCUAGGUUGCGAUUUCCGGAAGCCCCCAUCCAGCCAAACUCCGAAGUAGAACAGAAUGAUGGUGAUAAUGAUGCUGGUGUGAGUACACCUCGUGCCGUGAAGGGCAAAAAGCGUGGCAGACGUGGACUGACACCGGGCCCGUCGUCUACGGUUACGAGCAGCACUGCUGAGAAGCAAAAGGAACAGCUAUUGCUCGGUACCCGAUCUUCACCGACGUCACCAUACCAGCAUCAGGAGCUGCUGUCCAACUGCGGCAAAACCAUCAUCAACUACGUCAAGGGGAAGGAGGAUGGGAUGGGGGUGUUCAAGUGGAGCAAUUUUAAUCGAAACUGUAAACUGAUUGAACCGUAUCGGUUCGCGUUCGAGCGCGUACCGUCGCUGGAGCCGUGGUAUGAAACGUUCCAGCGGCAGGACGAGUCUAGCGAGAAAAUGUACGAAUAUUUUGGAAAUACUGCCUACCGGAAACUGCCAUACGAAAUGGGACCUCUACCCCCAUUGCGACAAAACUGCUGUAUCCUAAACUAUCGGAUGAAGUCGAAGACGCCGGAAUCGACUGUUCCCGCCUCCUCAGGGAGCAGCUUAAGCGGUAGCACAAGUAACCUAGCCAGUACUGGCAGCAAAAAGGGCACAACCAACUCAGCAGCCAGUAAUGCGGCUGAAGCAAACUUCGAAGAGGACGACAAGCAAACCCUGUCGCUCCCGUUGAAGAAACGGAAACAUCUAAUUGACGCCGACCGGCCUCGCAAAAGUCCCCGGGAACACGCUUCGACGCUUGCCAUACUGAGUUUACUGCAUCAGCAGCAGCAACACAAUCGAAGAAGAACGUUCAGCGGUUCGAGUGUAAGCUUUCCGAUCGUUUCCCCAGGCAGUCUGCCGCCGCCUAGUCCGGUGUACAGCCCGAAAAAAAUUGCCAUUCAGCAGCAAAAGCAACAAGAAGCUGACUCUGCCCUCGGUGAUGAGAUCCGGUCUUCAUGUGGAAGUGAUCCCUUCACAGAGAAGGAAGUAUCUUCGGAACCCACCAACAAAAUCAAAUUUGACCCUCCGGUGCUAGAGGAUACCUACGUUAAUUACAAGGUUAUGUGCCAAGAAUUGGAUAAUUUUUUGAGCGAGCAAUCGAAUGAGGAAGAUCCACUUCUGCUUGGAAUGGAGCAUCCAUCCUCUGAUGCGCAGUUCGUUCCGAUCGGAGUUGCUCCGAGCGUGAAACCGAUCAAGCGUGAUUUGCUUGACAUCGUGCAAAGCUGUGAUAAAGAUCCGCCGCUCAGUCUGAAGCUGGUCAGUCGACACGAGAGUAUUGUUCGCAAGAUCGUACAAUAUGAUCGGAGGCCGCGACCCCUGGCAGCUGUUUCAGUCAAGUCAUUCGACGGAGGAGGUAGUUUGGGUUUCUUCAAAAAACGUAUCAAUCGUACCGGAUGGCCCAAUUCCAAAAAGCGAAUAGUGACAAGAAAGCAGCAACAGCAGCAGCAGCAAUUGUCAUCGGUUAAGAAGGAAGACGGUAGUGAGGAGACGCUAAAGACAAAAGUGGAAACUGUUGUUGAAGGUGAGGGAUCGCGAAAAUCUUCUACGGAGGAGUCGCAACAAAGUGGGUCUUCAGGUGCUGGAAAAGUUAAGCUAGAAGAAGAAGACGAUGAUGAUGACGAGGACGAUGAGGAUGAAUUCGAGGACACGAUGACAAUGAUGGACUAUGAGGAGCCAAAUGCUAAACCAGAUCAGACAAUCAGUGAUGACGAAGAAGUAGUGGAGGAACCGAAAAAAGUGGUAGCUGAACCGCCUCGAUCUCCCGUCCGAACUCAAAUCGAGGAAGUCAUCAUUCCCAACCGAACCAGCUCCCGGCCGCCAUUACCUAGCAGUAAGUACGUCACCAAAACAACUACCACGAUGACUCGCAUCGACUACAACGUGACGGUUCCGAGUGAAGAGCAACCAUCGCAACCGCCACCGCCACUACCACCACCGCCUGUUGGAUCGGUAACAACGAACCAUUGUCGUAGCAAAUCUACCACCCACAGUGCCACUGCGGCUGCACCUCCGGCGUGUCCUCCGGUGGCUACUGUCACCGUCAACAGCCAUCAGCACGAAGACGAUGACAAGGAAUGCGACUCGAUAAGCUCGCGAAGCAUUUUUGUGAGCGAUGACUGUGAUACAACUUCAUCGACGCUGAUCAAUAUGUGCGCCGAAGAUCCGCUAGCCAUCACCCGAUCCGGAACACCUGCUACACCGCAACCCACUGACGACACCACCAACACGGAUCGGCCUGUUUCGCGGUCUCGAAUCAACAACACUCGCCAUCUCAACUUUGGUCCCAGGAAGCGGAACUCCGCCGGUGGUGGCCUUAGCAAUAAUUCCGGUAAAUCAUCCACCUUGCAACCGAUCGUCUGUCUCGAGAAGCUCAACUGUUCGUCGAUGCGAACUCGAUCCUCGUCGAGAACGCCCGUCAAAACGUACAAACGAUCCAUUUUCACGAGUGCUCUGGUCAGUUCGUCCGGUAUUCCACUGAAGCGAAAGAAGAAAAAGAAACACAAACUGAACGGUACCUCUGGUUCCUCUGGGGGUACCUUCUCGCCAAGUUGUUCCGACGAGCAGAACUCCGCAUCUUCUUCGCUGGACUGUGACGAAACAACGCCAGUGACGGUGAAUAACGGCACCGAGGGGACGUCUCCUCGCCAUCGAACGCCCAAGAGCCGCCCGACAACGCCAAGCCCGCUCAAGUUCUCCCCACGCAAGCUACGCAAACCACGAGGGAGGUGGUACAGGGAAAGAUAGGUAAGUUCCUCUCUGCAUCAGAUGAAUUAGAACUAGCUUCUAGUGUUAGCACAAUAGUAUUAAUAGUAGGUUAUGUUUGUGUGUGAACCGAAGGGACUAAAGCAAGAAAAAGAAAACACAAAAUUAUCGCCAAAAUCCAACCACAGUUUGAAACCGUUUAGGAUUAUGAGAAGCAAAAGGCUAAAAGUAUACUGAUAUUUAUCGGAACGUUUUGUAGAAAACAAAAAUCGAUAAGGCAAGACCCCAAAUUUUCCCCCAUCUCAUAAUCAUUGUUGUUGGUAGUGUAAUAGGAGAGAAGCUGGUUUAUUUUUUUUACGAAGUGGGGCAAUGAAAAUUCUGACUGAAACGUACACAAAUUGGCUGCAUUGUUUUUUCUGUUAUUUAAAUUUCGUUGUUCUGAUUCAGCUACUGAAUGUUUUUGGUUGUAUUCUCAUUUGAAUUUUUCUUUCCCUCUUUACCACUCUAUUUAAAUUAGCUGUAUGACGCGUAAAAACUAGUAGAAAUGAGAAGAGACAGACGAAUCGUGAGAAAUAGGAGAAAACCCAUUAUUACUGUUUUAGACUUAUUUUGUAUUAUAGUUCUCUCGAACACCGUAGUUAAUUGACCGAGGGAAAUGCCUAAUUUUCGGGUAAUCGAUAAACCAAUAGGAAGCUAGGAGUCAUACAAGUUAGUGGAUCGCUAAUGGAAAUACAAAACUUACAGCAGAAAAAUCAUUUUAAAUUAUAAUCGUAACACAAUGUACUUUCUGAACAUAAAUGAGAAACUAAUUUGGAAGCAAAAGAUAUCUAGAGUGAUACAAUCGAAGGUGUAAUAAAGAAGACGAUGUUCAUAAAAUUACGA